AUGAUUAAACAUAUACAUGAUGGCAAUAAUAAUAAACUACCGGGCGGUGGUCCUUUAAUUUUCGAAGAACAAUAUGUUAAUUACAUUUUCAAAUAUAUUCCUAAAGACGAUGUAAGAAUUAGUGUAGGAACUAUUCCGACUAGUCAACUUCAGUUAGGUAAUAUAAUUACCUUUGCGCUUACGUUUUCUCUUGCUCAUAAAUUAAAAAAACUUGGUAAAAAUGUUACAAUUAAAGUGGCACUUGUAGACUCUGGGAUCUCAUUUCCUGAUAAUUAUAAGUUUGAUAAUGUUGUUUAUCAAAAAAAUGUCGUUUAUACUGGAAUAAUUAAUGAUCAUAUAAAUGAUUACAAAGAAUUGCUAGAAAAAUUAAAUUCACACUACGGAGGAAUGAAUUAUGAAAUAGUAAAUUCAAGUGAUUUAAAUUUACACAAGAAUGCCCCAAAAAUAAUUAAGAAAAUAAUAAAUGAACGAGAAAAAUUUGGACAAUUGUUAUUUCCCUCAACAAAAUGUCUUGGACUAAGGGUACCCUGUUCUCAUUGUGGUUUGGCAGAUAAAUAUGGAAUAAAUAAUCUUUACAAUGGAGAUAUAAUUUCUUUCUUUUGCCCUAAUCAUGGUCGGCAUUCAUUUGAUUUAAAAAAGGAUAAUUUGAAAAGGUUGGAAUAUGAAACUCCAUUAAGAAAUUUAAUAAGAGGUAUAUUAUAUACAAAAGAUAAUAAAGAAAAGGAUAUCCCUUAUUCUUGGUUACGAGUUACUGGUAGUGACCAUGCUGGGUUUUAUCAAGAACAGCUUUUUUAUAGGGGAGCUGCGAUGUUAGAUAUUGAUAUAAUUAAUUCACCACUUAUUGUUUAUUGUCCUUUAGUAACUGAUUGGGCAGGUGUUAAAAUUUCGAAGGCAAUUUUUCUUAGAGGUGAAUACAAAUAUUUGACUGAUCAAGGGUUAGAUUAUUUCAUUGAUUAUAGAAAAUUUAUGGCAAAAUUUGGUACAAAAGGACUUGAAGUAUUAUCUGAUGAAAUGGAUUUAUGGCGGCCAAUAUACAUACCCCAAUUUUGUUAUUCCCCCUGA